AUGAAGUUUCUGCUCCUGGCACUGUUGAGCUGCAUCUGCUCGGCCGACGAUCGACGCUCGAGAUACACGAAGCAAUGGGCCAGGAGGAUCGACAGCGUCCGAAGAUCGAGGAACCGAUCGUCUCAACGUGAAUCGAUACGCGGACUGGAUGGCGUUUGCGACGCCAGACACCAUCGGUACAACUUCGAUCCAGUAUCCGGCAGAUUCCACGAGGACCACAUCGGGGAUCGAGUAGAAGUGCGUCAUCCCAUCCGACAUCGACACCGGCAGUUCCGAUCGAUGGAAUCGAACGGCUACGUCGCGAUGAAGAACUGGCCGGUGAAGAAGGAGGCGUGUGGGAAGGUGAUCUCGUGCUGGGCGGCCUGA